UAUUUUGACAAGUGCUUCCGACCUUGCCCGCUGCUCCAGGGAUUGCACCGCACAAGGAUUGUUUUUGGGGGGAUGGAGGCGAUUGCCAGUCAGAUGGGAACGGGGAGAGACUCAAGCUCCUCCCCGAAUUCAAAGCAAGAGCUGCAGCCCUACUCGGGCGCCAAUCCCCUCAAGCCCAACCAAGUGGGUGAGACCUCCCUGUACGGCGUGCCCAUAGUGUCCCUGGUCAUCGACGGGCAGGAGCGCCUGUGCCUGGCGCAGAUCUCCAACACCCUGCUCAAGAACUACAGCUACAAUGAGAUCCACAACCGGCGGGUGGCGCUGGGCAUCACCUGCGUGCAGUGCACCCCGGUGCAGCUGGAGAUCCUGCGGCGGGCCGGGGCCAUGCCCAUCUCGUCCCGACGCUGCGGCAUGAUCACCAAGCGGGAGGCGGAGCGGCUCUGCAAGUCCUUCCUGGGCGAGCACAAGCCGCCCAAGCUGCCGGAGAACUUCGCCUUCGACGUGGUGCACGAGUGCGCCUGGGGCUCGCGGGGCAGCUUCAUCCCGGCCCGCUACAACAGCUCCCGGGCCAAGUGCAUCAAGUGCUGCUACUGCAGCAUGUACUUCUCGCCCAACAAGUUCAUCUUCCACUCCCACCGCACGCCGGACUCCAAGUACACCCAGCCCGACGCCGCCAACUUCAACUCCUGGCGCCGCCACCUCAAGCUGAGCGACAAGACGGCCACGGACGAGCUGAGCCACGCCUGGGAGGAUGUCAAGGCCAUGUUCAACGGCGGCACCCGCAAGCGGACCUUCUCCCUGCACGGGGCUGCCGCCGCCGGAGCCUCCUCGGCCGCCAAGGCCGCCCUGCACCCGCCGCCGCCCGGCCGGAGCGAGCUGGCCACCGCGUGCCACGAAGAGCCUGCGCUGCAGCGGGCGAGGACGGGCCGCGACCGCGGGCAGCGAGCUGGCCGCGCGCUGGCCGGGCGCCGCGGCGGCCGGGCGCCCGGCCGGGCCUCGCCGCCGCCCGCUCUUCCGCACCCCUACGGCUUCCCUGCCGCCUUCGGGCUCUGCCCCAAGAAGCAGGAGACUACGCUGGGCGGAGCGGCGGAGCGAGCCGGCCGCCGCGGCCGCCGCCGACUCCGUCCGGGCCUCGGAGGCCGCCAGAGCGAGCUGGAGGGCUCGGAGCCGUCGGGGAGUGGGCGCAGCAGCGCCACCCCGCAGGAGGGCUCCGGGGCGGACGGCGAGCGCUGCUCCAGCGCCCUCUCCAGGGCGGCCGCCGAGGAGGAGCGGUCCGGGGACGAGGCGCUGCUGCCCCCGCUGCCCCUGCCCAGGAAGGGCAGCUACCUGUCCGCCUUCCGCCCCGUGGUGAAGGACGCGGAGAGCAUCGCCAAACUGUACGGCACCCGGGAGGCCUACGGGGGGGCGGGCCGGGGCGCGGCCGGCUACCUGUCCCCGGACUUCCUCAGCGAGGGCAGCUCCAGCUACCGCUCCCUCUCGCCGGGCGCCGACACGGCCGACGAGCCCGAGGUGGACGUGGAGUCUAACCGCUUCCCCGAGGACGAGGAGGAGGUGGCGGCGGCCGUCGAGGAGGCGGAGGAGCUGCAGCUGCUGCCCAGGGCCAAGGAGCCGCCGCGUCGGGCCGAGAAGAAAGGCGGCGAGCAGGGGCCAGAGGAGGGGAACCUGCCGCCGCCUGAGGGGAGCCCACAGAGGAGCAGCAGCAGAGGCGGCUACGAGGUCUACGCCCAGGAAAGAGAAGAUCAUCUGCAGGCUCUGAAGAACGCUGCUUCGUUGGGGCCUGCAACCACUUAUCUUUGCAACCCCGAGGCAAAUGAGCAAGAUAAGGACGACAAUCACUCGACAGCAGAGGAUUUAGAGAGCAGCAAAUCCUAUCAAGACCAAAGGAAUGUCUCGCAUCCAAGCCCUGUAAAUACCGACAGAGGUGAGGAAGGUCUCAGCAUUGACUUUAUGGGGACCCAACUAGUUGAAAAAGACAUUGAAAAUCUGGCAAGAGACGAGUUGCAAAAACUGCUCCUGGAGCAAGUGGAGCUUAGGAAGAAAUUAGAACGGGAAUUCCAAAGUCUGAAAGAUAAUUUCCAGGAUCAGAUGAAGAGGGAGCUGGCGUACAGGGAAGAGAUGGUCCAACAGCUUCAAAUUGUCAGAGAUACCCUGUGUAACGAACUGGACCAAGAGAGGAAAGCUCGCUACGCCAUCCAGCAGAAGUUAAAAGAGGCCCACGACGCGCUCCACCACUUCUCCUGCAAAAUGCUCACGCCUCGCCACUGCACGGGGAACUGCUCCUUCAAACCGCCCCUGCUGCCCCAGUGA